GGUUGGAAGAGACAUGGUUUUUAUUGUUACUUCAUUGGAAAUACAUUCAUAUCAUUUUCUCAAGCGAAUGAAACCUGUGGAAGACAUCAGGCCUUUUUAGCAACUAUUGAAGACAGAUAUGAGCAAGCCUAUCUGACUAGCCUGGUUGGGCUGAGAACGGAAAGAUACUUCUGGAUUGGACUUUCAGAUGUAGAAGAAAAGGGAACGUUCAAAUGGGCUAAUGGUGAAUCUGUCUUAUUUACACACUGGAAUUCUGAAAUGCCUGGAAGAAAGCCAGGCUGCGUUGCCAUGAGGACUGGAAUUACAGGUGGAUUAUGGGAUGUAAUAAAAUGUGAAGAAAAGGCAAAGUUCCUGUGCAAAGUGUGGGCAGAGGGAGUGACGCUUCCACCUGCUCCUACAACAACUCCUAUCCCCCGGUGUCCAGAAGGUUGGGACUCAAACAAUCGUAUUAGCUUCUGUUUCAAACCUUUUUCAAGAGGAGAGCAAAAGAAAACAUGGCUUGAAUCUCAAGAGUUUUGUCGAGCUAUAGGAGGAGAUCUGGCCUCCAUUAACGGUAAAGAAGAACAGUAUGUGAUAUGGCGUUCUAUUGCGAACAAUGGCUAUUACCACCAGCAUUUCUGGAUGGGCUUAUAUUACUUGAAUCCUGAUGAUGGCUUUGUUUGGAGUGACGGAUCUCCAGUGAGGUAUGAAAACUGGGGCUUUGGAGAACCCAAUAAUUAUCAAGGAAUUGAACUUUGUGCAGAGAUCAGUGGUGAUUCCAGCAUGCUUUGGAAUGACAGGCACUGUGAUUACCUAUAUGGAUGGAUUUGCCAGAUAAGAAAAGGGGCAAGUGUGAAGCCUGAACCAACAGAAUCUCCUGCACCCAAAUACAAGACUACUGAGGAUGGAUGGAUUAUGCAUGAAGACAAACAAUAUUAUUUCAGCACGGAGAGUGUUCCUAUGGAAAAAGGUCGGGAGUUCUGCAAAAGGAACUUCGGAGAUCUUGCUGUCAUUGAGAGUGAAAGUGAAAGAAAGUUCCUCUGGCGAUAUAUCUUGAAAAACGGCAAAGAGGAUUCAUAUUUCAUUGGUUUACAACUGAGUGUUGACCAACGGACAAGUUGGAUGGAUGGCACUCCAGUGAGUUAUUUGGCAUGGGCACCACAUGAACCUAACUUUGCAAAUAAUGAUGAAAACUGUGUAGUUAUGUACAAGAAUUUAGGAUUUUGGAAUGAUAUAAACUGUGGUUAUCCAAAUCCCUACAUAUGUGAAAGGCACAAUAGUUCCAUUAAUUCAACUGUUCCUCCAACAACAUUUUCAACUCCAAGAGGAUGUCAUCCAACUUGGCUUUCCUUUCAUAACAAGGAAAGGUGCUUUUUUGAUGCUUCUAAUGAAGUGGCAGAUAAGCAUAUUCAGUUGCAGCUGACGAAA